UUAUAUCCUUUUUAUUCUCUUCAUUUUGCUCCUUGUUACCAGGAAACAGGCAAAUAUAAUGGAGUGGAGCACCCUGGAAAUCAAAGUUAUUUCCUGCACUGAUCUCAAAACCUUUAACUUCUUCCAGAAGCUAUCUGUGUAUGCAGUAGUCUCCAUUGCCGACGGCGAAUUGAAGAAGAAAGAGCAGCAGCAGAAGUGUCUGCAGCGCCAAAAGACUCCCAUAGACAGAGAGGGAGGUUCACAUCCUGAGUGGAAUCACCUGUUGCAAUUCAAUCUCAGAGCUCUUGGUGAUGAUUUCAGCCAUCUUUUUGUCAGCUUUGAUUUGAAUUGUGAAGGUGUUGUUUAUGGCAACAAAACUAUUGGGAAAGUUCGAGUUCCGUUGCAGGAUUUGAUCGAUGAAUUCAAUGGAGCGCUGAGGUUUGUCAGGUAUCAAGUUCGCAGCGGCGAUGGAAAGCCUAAUGGGGUUCUGAAUUUUUCUUAUAAAGUUAAUGGGAAGAAGAUCGUUGAGAAGGGUAUUACAACUUCUCCUGAAGUAAAUCUACCAACAAAAGUUGCUCAUACUUCUGCAAAAGUUCAGUACCCUUCACUGGAAUACGAUGAGAAGUCGCAGAAAGUUUGUUAUCCUUCUCUGGAUUAUGUUCAGGUUCAAUCUCCUUUACCAGGCUAUUGUUCACCUUUGCCAAAGUAUGAGUAUAGAUCAACAACAGAAGUUUAUGGUACGACUCAACCAUCACCGCUGGUAUUAUCACCAAGACAACAACUUAUGCAUCCUGUUAUGAUGUCAAAUGGGUCAUUUUGUCAUCCAUACAUACAAACUCCGGGACCAUGGUACAUGUUGGAGUCAACUUAUGGUUAUAAUGUGUAUGGUGGUUCUGGAAUUGGGCAUUAGGCAGGGUUGAUUUUGAAACAUGGAAGCUCUGACCAGGUCCAAAACACAGAGCUUCCAAAUCUCUGGUUUAUGUGGAUUUAAAAGCAGUAGCAGGCGAACUUUAAGUCAGAUACUAUGGGCUAAUAGUAGUUAGGAAUAUGUUAUAUUAUUUGGAUAGCUCUAAUGGUUCAUACAAGAGUAGCGUUACUCGAGGAUAAUACAGAUGAAUCCUAGCAGUGAUUGAGUUGUGUAGUUUGCAGUGCCAUGAAAAUAUGAGUUAGCAUUAUAGCUUGGAAAUCUCUGUUUCAAUUGAUACUAUGUUUACGUUUUGUUUAUUCUGUAACAAUGUAUCACUUUAUUAGUUCACUAUUAUGGAUUCUAAUGACAUGAGAGAAGGGUUAGUUGUAUUGUUUGUAAAAGCUCAUAU